AUGGAUUCUCAAGAUUAUUCCGACAGCAGCGAUGAAAAUGAUUCUGACUAUAAACCACCAGGUGAAGAUGAAAAAUUAUCAGAAGUUGAUUCAGAUGAUCCAAUUGAAGAUGAUGAGGAUAGCGUCAGUACAUCUGCUAAAAAAUCAAAGAGAACUAAUAAGAAACGAACUAAGAUUGGAAAAAGAGGCUCACUAAAGAAAUCUAAAAAAAUAGUAAUUGAUGAUGAAGCUAUUGAAAAAACAAAAGAAGAAGUAAAUACUCUUCUUAAUUCCUCUGAAGAUGAUAAAAAACGUUUGGAUGCUUUGUGGGAAGAAUUUCAACGACCUAUAACAAAAAAGUCUUCCAAUACACCUAUUACCAGUGAAAAUAAAUCUAAAUCAAAAGAAUCCAUAAAAGUUUCUGAUAAACCAGAAACAACCAAAAAAAGGAACUUUGAAGCAUUAUUUGACAUUUCUGAAUCAUCUAAAAAAAUGGAGAAUAAUGAUGACAAUACAACUACACCUAAGUCUCCAGAAACUAAAAGUGCGGUAGCCUCUAUCGCUACAAAACCAUCAGGCGGUUUAGCAAAUAUAUUGAGUCAAAUAGGAAAAAAAAGUAAACUGACGGUUUUAGAAAAAUCCAAACUAGAUUGGGAUGGUUACAAAAAAAAGGAAGGAAUUGUUGAAGAAUUAGUCACACACAAUAAAGGAAAAGAUGGGUACUUAGAAAAGCAAGACUUUUUGGAACGGACAGAUUUACGACAAUUUGAAUUGGAAAAAGCAAUGAGAGCUGCCAAUAGAUCGCACAGAAGUUAG